AUGGGUUCAACGGGCAAAGACAUGAAGGCGGAGGCCGUCUUCCCCGGAAACACUCCAAUGUUUAUGAAGUUCCCGAGCAGAAGGAGUGUGGUUCACAGCACACAGGGCAUGGUCGCAUGCACACAACCUCUGGCCGCGGAGGCGGGGCAGAGGAUCUUGAAGAUGGGAGGGAAUGCUGCUGAUGCUGCUGUCGCAGUCGCUGCUGCCUUAAACAUGACCGAGCCCACCUCGACCGGUAUUGGGGGAGACAUGUUCUGUCUCUUCUUCGAUGCAAAGACAAAGAAGGUCCAUGCUCUCAACGGCUCAGGACGCAGCCCGAAGAACACCACUCUCGAACAAGUGAGGAAAGAGUUGGGCCUGUCCGCGUCACAGAUUGGCAAGAUUCCCGUCCUGAGUGCGCUGUCCGUCACCGUUCCCGGCGCCCCUGGGGGAUGGGUCGAUACUAUUGAGAAAUUUGGGAGCGGUAAAUUGAGCUUGGAGCAGAUCCUGAUGCCGGCAAUUGAACUGGGAGAGAACGGUUUCCCGGUCAGCGAGCUUUCUGCGAUGUGGUGGCACGAAGGUGAACAAACCCUGAGGGAGGCCUCGCCCAAUUACCGUGAAAUGCUCAAAAGAGACAAACACUCUGAAGAUUUCGUUCGGGCUCCUCGGGCUGGUGAGAUCAUGAAGAACCCCAAUUUGGCAAAGACUUUCAGGACAUUGGCAGCAGAAGGGAAGAAAGGAUUUUACACAGGGAGAAUCGCUCAAGCCAUCGUCGACGUCCUGAAACUUACUGGUGGACAUAUGGAACUGUCGGACUUGGAAGACCAUAUGAACCGGGGCGCCCACGAGACCGAACCGAUCUCGUUGAGAUUUAACGCUCAAAAUGUCAAGAAGAUGGGAGCUCAACGAGUGACGAAUGGGUCGCCCGACGACCACUUUGUCGAAUUGUGGGAGCAUCCGCCCAAUGGACAGGGCAUAGUUGCUCUUAUGGCCCUUGGCAUCCUGGAAGAACUGGAGCGGACGAGACAGAUCCCCACGUUUGCCCAGGAGGACCAUAACAGUGCUGCACACCUGCAUGCCGUGAUAGAGGCACUUCGGAUAGCAUUUGCGGAUGCCAGCUGGUGGGUGACGGAUCCAGACUUCAUGCCCGUCAAGCCGGCAGAGAUGAUUGCACGACCGUAUCUGGCCGAACGCGCCAAGCUGUUCGACAAAGACAAGGCAGGCAUAUUCAGCAAUGGACAGCCAGGACCCAGUCCGGCUCAAAAUCAUAGCGACACUGUAUAUUUCGCCGUGACCGACAAAGAAGGCAACGGCAUGAGCUUCAUCAACUCCAAUUACGAAGGGUUCGGGUCUUCCAUCAUCCCUCAGGGCUGCGGAUUUACCCUCCAAAAUCGAGGGUCGAACUUCGAGCUUGGACCAGCCAACCACCCGAACAUCUACCAGGGGGGGAAGAGACCUUACCACACGAUUAUCCCGGGAAUGAUUACCCACGGAUCCGAGAGAGAGCGAGAACUGCACUCGGUGUAUGGAGUGAUGGGUGGCUUCAUGCAGCCGCAGGGUCAUGUUCAAGUGCUGCUCAACAUGGAAGUCUUUGGCAUGAACCCGCAACAAGCCCUGGAUGCUCCUCGGAUAUGUAUUGGUGCGGCCGCGCCCAACGAAGGCGAUACGAAUGCAGGACCUGUUUAUGUGGAAGAAGGGAUCGACGAGGCCGUGGUCAAGGCAUUGAGGCAGAUGGGGCACGACGUCCAGGUUCUUCAAGGAUUCAGCCGAGCAAGAUUUGGCCGAGGACAGAUUAUUCGGAGACACGUUGACGAAGACACCGGCAUAAUGGUGUACAGCGCUGGAAGUGACAUGAGAGGUGAUGGAUGUGCUCUGCCAGGAUAG